AUGAGAAUCAAAGAUAAAGUUGUAGUAAUCACUGGUGGUUCAAAUGGAAUUGGCGCUCACUUGGUUAAAACUUUAAUAAACUCUGGGGCCAAAGUUGCUUUUGGUGAUAUUGAUCAAGAGUCAGGCAAAAAACUUGCUGAAGAAUUAAAUAAAGAACAUAAAGAUAGCGCAAUAUUCGUUCGUUGUGAUGUUACAGAUAAAAACCAAUACCUUAAUUUGUUUUUGGAAGCUGAAAAAACUUUUGGUAGAAUUGACGUACGUACAAAAUAUUUACUCAUUGAAGGAACUCAAAUAGGAAUUAAAUUUUUAAAAAAACAUGGAGGUGGUGUGAUCAUUAACACAGCUUCAAUGUCUGGAGUAAAUCCUUGGUAUGUGGCUCCGGUGUAUAGUGCUGCAAAAAGUGGGGUAAAAACUCCAAUGGUUAAAAAAGCGAUGAAAGAAAAUCCUAAUUUUGCAGAAGUCAUUAAGCGACAUGGUACACUCUCUAUUAACGAAGUUGUAAAUGCGUUCAUCCACGUUAUUGAAAACGAUUAUCUCUAUGCAGAUGUUGUUAAAGUUACACAAACAAAUCUUCUCGAAGUUUUGCCAAAGAUGAAAUUGUAA